AUGAAUACGGAAAGUGAUGAAUUAGUUGCUGAGUUGCGGAAAGCUGUAUCCAUCAAGAAAUCAGAAGUGGCUCAUUUGAAGGAAGAAUUUGGCAAUUACAAAAAGCAUUUGGCUCUAUUGACAUCGGAAAUUGCUGAAGGAAGAGCGGAAAUAGCUGCUAACAGAAUCAAGAUUGCCACUUUGGAUGCUGACAAAUUCUCAUGCGUUCAGAUAGAAAAGCUAAGUACUGAAUUAAUCGAUAAAUUUGAUGUUAUGUGUAAAGAAGUAUGUGCAAUAAACGAAGAAGCAGAGAAACAGGUUGUCGACUUGCAGUUGGAAAUUGAAGCAACAAAGGAUGUCAAAAAUGUUAUUAGCGCUUAUGAGGAAACAUUAGGAAUGUUACGUAUUAUGAGAUUUUGUGACAACGAUGGCAUGAAUGAUACACGUAGAGAUAUUGAAAAUGCACAGAAUGAAUUGCAGAUGCUGUCAGAUGAGAUGCAAGUUUUUGAAGUGAAUGAGAAGACACUGAGUGAUAAAUUGAGUACUGUUGCAUACACUGACAUUCCACUGGUAGUUAAACAUCAAAUUUACGACAAUUUAAAGAAGCGUAAAGGGGAAUUGAUUCGCAAACUUAUGCAUGCACGACUCAGUCGAAGCCGUCUGGAUACCAGAUUUGUGUUGAGCGAUUUGUGA